AUGAUGCUUACUCUAAGGAGGGUAACAGCAAUAGGGUGCUGUGGAUCACCGUUGGUUGUUUCGCAUCGUCAUCUUUCUGUUCGCACAGAGGACUUCUUCAGUAAAGAGGCCAUGAGCCAUGCACGACGUGUUAGUUGGGCACCACACACAACAGAGAAAAAACAGGGUGCAUUUGCAAAGUUGGCACGAUCCAACUUUGGAGAUCCAAAACAAGGUGAAUACACGCAGGAACCGUUUUUUGAAGAGGCAAUAGAGGCUCAUCGCCUUUACCAUAGACCAGACGUGUACAUUUACAAGUAUAACGUUUCUCCUACUCACAUGUCUCUUCGAGAGUAG